CGCACCGGAAGGCGGGGCGAGGAGUGGCUUCCCGGGCUCCGCCUCCCCUUCCCUGCAGCGCGGCUCUGGGCUGGCGCUUCAGUUCGGGCCCUGGGGCUAUAGCUGGAUCCAGGAUGGCUUCGGACUCGGAGAACCGCGGGACUGCCUGCACGCUGGAGUUCGCGGUGCAGAUGACCUGUCAGAGCUGCGUGGACGCGGUGCGCACGUCCCUGCAAGGGAUCGCAGGCAUCCAAAGUGUGGAGGUGCAGUUGGAGAACCAGAUGGUCCUGGUGCAGACUACCCUGCCCAGCCAGGAGGUACAGGCCCUUCUAGAAGGCACUGGGAGGCAGGCGGUCCUAAAGGGCAUGGGCAGUGGCCUGUCGCAGAAUUUAGGGGCAGCCGUGGCCAUUCUCGGGGGGCCUGGCCCUGUGCAGGGAGUGGUGCGCUUCCUGCAGCUGACCCCUGAGCACUGCCUAAUCGAGGGGACCAUUGAUGGCCUGCAGCCUGGGCUGCAUGGACUCCACGUCCAUCAGUUCGGGGACCUCACGAGGAACUGCAACAGCUGUGGGGACCACUUUAACCCUGAUGGAAUGUCCCAUGGGGGCCCCCAGGACUCUGAACGGCACCGCGGAGACCUGGGGAAUGUCCGUGCCGAUGAGAGUGGCCGAGCUAUCUUCAGAAUUGAGGACGAGCAGCUGAAGGUGUGGGAUGUGAUUGGCCGAAGCCUGGUCGUUGAUGAGGGAGAAGAUGACCUGGGCCGGGGCGGGCAUCCCUUGUCCAAGAUCACAGGGAACUCGGGAGAGAGGUUGGCCUGUGGCAUCAUCGCACGCUCUGCUGGCCUCUUCCAGAACCCCAAGCAGAUCUGCUCCUGUGAUGGCCUCACCAUUUGGGAGGAACGGGGCCGGCCCAUCGCUGGCCAGGGACGGAAGGAGCCCGCCCAGCCUCCUGCCCACCUCUGAGGGCGGCCUCUGCCUCCAGUCUGUCACCGUCCUCCCUGCUGAGCACCGUCCACUUCCAGAGGGAGGCCCUGCUCACCCAGUCCUGGGAGAACCAGUGUGCAGGCUAUUUUUGAUCUCAAAGGGUUGCUUGCUCUUCCCUUGGCAAAUUAAAGUUUUAUUUUCACAUGGAA